AAAUAUGGCACAUGAGAGCGUUUGGUGACAGAGGUGUGUACGCUCCUAGUCGAAAACGAAACCGAACCACGGCGUGGCUGACUCGGUGACAUUUGAGUUACAGCAGCACGAUCCGUGUGGUCCCCUCGGCGUCACUCAGGCAUGGCACUGCAAAUAUCAGCUCUAUUUUCAUACAUCAGAGCCCCUCUGUGCACCGGCCCUGUGCCCCGUGUCCGUGCUACCUUCCCGGGUGUCAAGUUCAAACACAUUUUAACUAGUGGGAGCCGCCAGCUCGGGGGGAAGCCAGCAACAAGUCCUGUCCGCGGCCAUAUUAACGUUGCCGCCAGAGCCGAGAAGUUCUCUACAACAGCGACAGCAGGGUUUUGGAAGUCCAACCAGGGGAACGGUUCCUCCUCACCCGGGGGGAGGAGAGGCUGGCUGGGUAAAGUCGCCCUCGGUGCCGCCCUCGGAGUGGGCACAGUCGCGCUGGUCCAGUCUCUCCACACCGGAACCCUCACCGCCAUGGCCCUCAAAGUUAACCUGAACUCCGAUGAGGGAGGCUGGAAGGAGACCAAGGACUUCUUACUGUCUCUGUCGGUGAAGGACAGGCGUCAGUACUACAGGACUUCCGGCUUCGUGCCACUGGAUGACAUCCCAGUGUGGACUCCCGCUGCAGGUGGAUCUGGGCAAACUCGCUACAAGAGGAAUGAAAAACUGGACCAGAAGAUUUCCCUCUACAGCGGUGACAUCACCAAACUGGAGAUAGAUGCUAUCGUCAACGCAGCCAACAAGACUCUGCUCGGCGGAGGUGGCGUGGACGGAGCGAUCCACCGCGCCGCAGGACCAAUGCUGAAGAAGGAGUGUGCCUCCCUCCACGGCUGUGAGACCGGAGAGGCCAAGAUCACCUGUGGCUACGGCCUCCCUGCAAAGUAUGUGAUCCACACCGUGGGGCCGAUUGCUCAAGGAGGAGUGGGAGAUGUGGAGAGAAAAGCCUUGAGGUCGUGCUACAAGAACAGCCUGACUGCUGCCACCAAAAACGCUGCACGUUCUGUGGCUUUCCCGUGCAUCUCCACUGGGAUCUACGGAUAUCCACCUGAACAGGCUGUGCAUGAAGCGUUGGCAACUGUGAGGGAAUAUCUGGAUGAACAUCAUAACGAGCUGGACAGAGUCAUCUUCUGCGUGUUCUUGCCGACGGAUAAAGAGUUGUAUCUGCAGAAUCUCCCGCUCUACUUCCCUGCUGCCUGACCGGCGCCAGCAGCUUAUUGUUCAGCUCCCACAGAGGCCACUGUCAAGAGUAAACUCUGAGAGGGUGGAUUUGUCAGAUUUGGUUACUGUGGAUACGUACCGCAACGCUCAACAUCCAGAUUCUUCCUCCUCCUCCUCCACCUUCUCCACCUCCUCCUCCGCUGCCAUCGCAGAUCGAGACUUUCUUCAGCUGGCAGAUAACUCCUAAAUGGAUGAUUGCUUUUUUUUUUUGAAGUGCACACUGGCUCCUCUGCAAAUGUUGAGCAGUUCCUCUGUGUUUUUCCCGCUAAAGCUCGAAGUUAAGACAAGUGUCGUGAUGAAGUAUGUGAAAUUAUGUUGAUGAUUCUUAAGCUCAAGUUGACCUUUAUUUUCUGUGAUCAGCAGCUUCAAGCUGACAAGACCCUUCGAGCUCCCUGCUAUUUGAUUGUUGGGACUCCAGCGUGUGUGCUUGUGAGUGUGUGAGGCGACGACAAAAGCUUAUUAAAAUGAAUCACGCAGG